AUGGGCUUCGGAGACCUCAAGACCACCACUGGCCUCCAGGACCUCAAUGACUACUUGGCCGACAAGAGCUACAUUGAGGUGUAUGUGCCAUCUCAAGCAAAUGUGGCUGUGUUUGAAACCAUCUGUAGACCCCCAACUGCUAACCUGUGUCAUGCCCUAUACACCACUGGAAAUGGAGCUGCAGACAGUAGAGAUGACAGUGACAUUGAUUUCUUCGGAUCUGCUGAUGAUGAGAAAAGUGAGGAAGCAAAGAAGCUAAGAGAAGACUGUCUUGCACAAUAUGAAUCAAAGAAAGCCAAAAAACCUGCCCUUGUUGCCAAGUUUUCAAUCUUACUAGAUGUGAAGCUUUGGCAUGAUGAAACUGACAUGGCAAAAUUAGAAGAGUGUGUCAGAAGUAUUCAGGCAGACGGCUUGGUCUGGGGCACUUCCAAGCUCGUACCAGUGAGAUAUGGAAUUGAGAAGCUUCAAAUACAGUGUAUAGCCAAAGAUGAACAUGUUGGCCCAGAUAAGCUGGAAGAACAGAUAACUGCUUUUGGAGACUAUAUGCAGUCCAUGGAUGUGGCUGCUUUCAACAAAAUCUGA